AUCCCUUUCCUGACCUUAAACCUUGCAGAUUUCAUAGUGUCCCACAUGAGACACAUUUUAUGAGUGCUCCUGAAUGUAUAAUUUUAAAAUCCUAUAAACCCUUUUUGGGAUAAAAUAAACAUUAAUAGUGUUGUGUUCGGAUCUACAACUGUUAUAAAAUACUAGUGAAGUGAAUGAGUCCAGUAAAUUCCGUACCGUAUACCCUUUCUUAACGUGUGACAUAGUUCUCAGGGCACCUCAGCAAACAGUAUUAAUGAAAAUGUCUCAUAAAAACUGCAAAAUGUAUUUUUAUUCAUGUUUAUAGUGUUAAUGUAAAGUAUUUGUACAAAAACUGGUAACAAUGAGUGCUAAACAGUGCAUCAGGUUUUGAAAUAGUUCAAUUAUUUAUUGCAAAUUUCGCACACGACACCAGCCAUAAAUAAUCACAAUGUAAUUUGUAUAAUAUAUUUCAUAGAAUUAGAGAACAGCAGUGUGGCACCGCUUUCAGUGUUCAAUUACGUGAAAAUAAUAGGACGCAAAAUUGCUUAAUGCUUCAAAAUUAUGCCUCUCGCUGGCUGUAGCGGCGUGGUAGGCCGUGGGCACGAUGGCCGAGGAGCACGCGUGCUUGGUGCGCGCGCGCUCCGACUCUGAGGGCUCGUCUAAGCACAGCUUCGGCACCAUGACCUAUACUGAAGAUAGACUUAGCGGUACAGAGAGCGGCGGCGGCGAGCCUGGCAACACCAGCCACAUGGCUGCCAGCCCGCCCGACGCCGCCGACGCCAACGAGAGCGGCGAGCUCCUCGACUAUAACGACUCUAGCGUGCUCGAGCAGUUCCACGAGGAUGCCUUGCGACAGGCUGGUUGCGGUCUCUCCCAAGCGCGAGUCACACUAGCAGUGUUCUUUGCAAUAGCGGGCGCCUCGCUCGAGCUGGCUGCCAUACCGUUCAUCUUGCCCUCCGCGGAAAUCGAACUGUGUAUACUGCCGCACGAGAAGAAUUGGCUCGUAAUGAUCAGCCUAGUGGGCGGUUCCAUUGGCGCAGCGGGGUGGGGUGCACUAUCAGAGCGACUGGGGCGCAGGCGAUGUCUGCUCUCAUGUCUUGCCGUCAACGCGGUAUUUGCCGCCAUAGCUGCUUUCAUGCCAACUUAUGGGACUUUUAUGAUGGCCAGAUUCUGUUCAGCGAUAGGCUCUGGCGGCAUUGUCCCCAUAAGCUACACGUACAUAGGCGAGGUGUGCGCGGGCGGGCGCCGCGCCGCGCUGAGCGCCUGCGCCGCCGCCGCCGCCGCCGGCUCGCUGCUCGCGGCCGCGCUGGCAGCCGCCACGCUGCCGCAGACCGGCGCCACCACGCUCAUCGAGAAUAAGGAGCACUUUAGUGCCUGGCACAGGUAUCUCCUACUAUGCACGCUACCGAUACUCGCGUCGCUGGUCAGUCUGAUCUGGACGCAGGAAUCGCCGCGGUAUUUACUAGAUGCGGGAAGGGAAGUCGACGCCAUGAUGGUUUAUCAGAGCAUACACAGCAGCAACAAGGUGCUGGUGUGCGGCGUGGCGGUGGCGGGCGCGGCCGAGUACCGCCUGGGCGAGCUGGCGCUGCCCGGCAAGCGCCGCCCGCCCGCCCUGCACCACUGCCGCCAUAGCGUCAGCAUGUUCUGGCAGUCAUUCUUCCAACUGUUCUCGAGCCCGUACCGCAAUACCACGCUCUCGCUCGGAGGAAUGUUGCUGUUUACUAUGGCUAUACAGUAUUACCUGGCAUCUUACGUCCCAGCAUCCGUAGUGAAAAUGGACAGCGAUCUUUUCGAAGCUUCCAAAAAGAGUUACGGAAACGACACAUAUACAGACGUACAUUACAACACAACGUUAGAAAACAUUGAAUUUUACAAUAUGACGUUUAAUAAAUGUACUAUUAAAGAUCUGUUGAUGUCCCACGUGGCGUUCAAGAAUUGUUCGUUCAAUAAUGUAGCGUUGUCGAAUAUUAAGACUUCGUUUACAACCUUUGAGGGGUGCCUGUUUGUGAAUAGCACAAUAAUCGACACAGACAUGGAAGUAGGCAGGGAACUAGACGAGUGGUGUACCUUUACAAGUACCAUCAUCCGCGGCAUGCGCGGCGGCUGCUCGCGCCACGCCGACCUGACGUCGCGGCUCGGCGGCAUGAUCGCCGAGCAGAGCUACGUGUCCCACGCCAUGUUUGUCGUCGUGUUUGUUGCUCUGUUGCCGACCAGCAUGAGGCCUCCUGUGGCAAUGUGUGGCGCAUGUAUAUUGCUGUCUCCCUUAGUAUACAUAGCGCAGAGUGAGACAGCGCUAUACGUAGUGGAGGCGGUCUACCGAUUCUUUAUAGCGAUGGUGUUCUAUAUAGUCGGAGUCACUGUUGUUAAUACAUAUCCACAUAAUUUGAGAUGCACAGCACACGGGCUGAUCCUCUCAGUGACGUACAUGGGCAUGGCCAUGGUGCGCGGCGCGGGCGACGGCGGAGCGCUGGUCAGUGCGCUGCUCUGCGCUGCGCUGGGCGCUGCCGCUACCGGCGCUGCGCUCGCUGCUAACCUGCGCUAGUGCAGGUAAUACCGAGUCCUAUGGACUCAUUAACAAUAUAAUUUCGAGGUAUAACAAGUUCCAAUAUUCUAGCGGGACGCUUAUUAUUUUGACAUCACAACCAAUAUGGUUGUAAUUUAAAGGUAAAGGAAAAAUGCUAUCUUUAGUUUAAAGUUGGGUUUUGCAUUCAAAAAUAAUUAAUCAUUUGAGUUCAUUUUAUUCAUACCUAUAAGUAUUAAAAAACACAUGCUUAAUUUCUAACACACAGAUAAAAAAAGUUUUCACUAAGAAGGCCAGCAAUGUCACAGUGUUUCCACUUAAAAAUAUGUGUAACCCAACUUUUUAGACAAAGGGAAGGUUCGUAUCUGACAGAAGAUUCGUCUAGCAUAUCGUAAAUAUGUUCGUCGUAUUGACUCAUCAUUGGUUAGAUGUAAAUGAUUUUUGUAACUAAACAUCUUUGGCAGUCGUUACGGGUAGUCAGAAGCCUGUAAGUCUGACAACCAGUCUUACCAAGAGGUAUUGGGUUGCUCUUGUAACUGGGUUGACGAAGUCAGACAGACAGUCGCUCCUUUUUAAGCACUGGUACUCAGCUGCAUCCGGUUAGACUGGAAGCCGACCCCAACAUAGUUGGGAAAAGGCUCGGGAGAUGAUGAUGAUUGAAUGUCUGUACCGAUAAUACGCGAUACAUAUUUCGUCAGAUAUGAACUUUCUUAAGAAACUUGCCAUUACUAUGACAUACCAAAGUAUUGACGACUGAAUUUAAUAAGUUUUAACAAUUAACGACUAACGUGUGUAUGGUGUAACUUUGCAAUUGCGACUGGUUGCUAUAGUCUUAGAAAUUUUAUUGAAAAGACAAAAUAAAAUAUGCAGCAUUUUUUUGUUUAAAUUAUUCAGUACGAUUGGCACUUUAGAUUAAGUUUAACUGUUUUAGAAAGAAUUUUAGACCUCAUGAAUUUAUUAUAAACGCGAAAUAAUAUAUUGAAAUUAAAGAAUUUACAAUUGGAUAUAGUUUUGGAGUUCGUUAUUGGAAUUAUUUAAAAAAAUUGAAUUGUUUGUGCUCAUUUAAAAACAGUGCAACUACUUAAGAUUGGCUCUUCAAUUUAAGAAAAACGUGAUUUUUUUACUUUCUAGUUGCAAUCGCAGUUGUAAUUUUACAUAAUAAGCCUACCGAUUCCAACAUUAUCCUUUAUUUUACCGAUUUUCUAAUAAAUAUAAUUUAUAAAAUAUAUACUCGUAAAAGUAUUAUAAAGCGUGAUUCUUGAUUGAUAUCGAAUUUAAAAAUUGAUCAACUCCUUUUGUAAAAGUUGGUUAAAAAGUACUCUUAUCAAAGUUUGAGUCGGGCAGAUGAACGAAAAUUAUCGAUAUACAUAUUAUAUUGACAUAUUAAUAUCAGCAAUAACAUGAAAAAAUUGCAAUGAAAAGACAAUUUUGUUUCUUUUAAAUAAAAUAUAGACUCUGCUGAGUUCACUUGUAAACUAGUGUAAAUAAGCUUUAUAUUGAAUGUCGAUUUAUCGAUUCUAUAGUGUUGUACCACUAUCGAUAUUUGUCCGGGACUUUUAAAUUAGAGGGAUUAGUUUUCAUAUUCCAAUUUGUGGUUUCUUUUUAGUUAAUUCAGUGUUAUAUUAAAUUACGAUAAGUAGUCGCUUGUCAUUUUUAUCAAUAAGAAUGAUUUGUACCAAAAACUUACCUUGGUAUGAAUACUGCCUUUCAAACUCAUUUGUAAUAUGAAUUUAUUUAAAAAAUCCGAAAGUCAUCAAAAACAUUUAAUUAUUUUUUCCAACUUAUAUUUAAUUUCCUAGUCCCGUACUAUAUCGAUAUACGCGUCCCAUCCCUUACCGUACCCAUAUUAUAAACUGCACAUGUGACAACACUAGUAUCGACAUUGCGCUGAAAUGUACUGAAGAUGUUUUUAACCUUACUUUAAUUUUACAAAUGCGAAAGUAACUCUGUCUUUCGCACUUUCAAAUCAGAACUGCUGAACCGAGUUAAAUGAGUUUGGUGCACAGAUAGACUAGAGCCUGAAAAAGGCCAUAAUAUUGUGUAACUUUUUGUCUUGAUGCGGGAAGUAAUUUCCCUCGAGACUCGAGUUAAACAGUGGGCAGCAGUUACUUAUAAAUCUUAUAGAUGCGAUAUUUAUAACAAUGAUUUUGACAGUAAUAUUUCAGCGCAUUUUUAAUUAAAAUUCAUGAUACAUUGACAUGAUACAUACUAUGUGUAAAAAAUAGUUACAAUUCCCGUAAUAAUACAGUAUAUAAUAUAAUAAAAAAUAGAUUUUAUACAUAACAGUAGAAAAUACUAUAUCAUAACUGCUUGUAGAUAAAAUAUACAAUUUAAUAUAAUAUGCAAGUUUUUGUAAACGACUUCGUGAAUUUGGCACCUAACCUAAAUAAAUCAUUAUGACAGAAAUAAACUAUUUUUUUUUUUGUAGCUGUUUGAAAAAUUCGUUCGAAGCUAGUUUAAAAUAAUCAUAGAAGUCGUUUAUAAAGGCUUUCCAAGUCACAUGUGCAGAAAAACUUAUUUGUAUAGUCAUUUGGAAAAAAAACAGCAUUCAAAAGUAUAAUUAUUUAUCAAAUUAUGUAUCAAAAACAAUAUGUCCUAGAGAUGCACCAUUUAUACUAUAACGAUAACUGAACCAUUUUCAGUUGUCAAAUCGCCGAUGUGAAUAAUGGGCGGCAAGUAUACGGCUGGUUAUGGUUUGGUUAUCGUUAUAGUUAAUGGGUUUGCAACCCUAAGGCCUGGUUCUACUGGUUACCGAUAAAGUGUCGGUAAGUUAUCCUAUAGUUAAUGUUAUCUGCCAGAUAAAGGCUGCUUAUAAUUUCUGCUUAUAAUAUCCGAUACGAAAGUUGUAGUUUAUCAGUCAGAUAACUUCCUGAUAGGCUGUCAGAGACUUUAUCAGUAACCGGUAAAACUGGCUAUUAGAGUAUUAAUUUCAACAAAUCCAUUGGCUAUACGAAAAGUGUUGCCAUACACAAAAUAUUCAAUAAACAAAUGGUAGAAUUUGUCCCUAAUGUAAAAUAAUUGGUAGCUGUAAAUUAAGUGUAUUUCAAUUAUUAUUGUUACUAUAUAAUGUAUGUUAUAUACAUACAAGGCUGAACAUAUCUAUGUGGACGAUAGACAAAUGGUUGUAACUCUUUUAUUUUUAACCUACUCGGAAUUAAAAGGUUGGCUAUACAAAAAAAACUUUCAAAAACAUUAUUUUAGUUUUUUUUUUGUCAGAAAUAAUAAAGAAGUCACAUAAAAAAAAUGUGACUUAUUCUAGAUUUUCUCAGUUGCUGAAAGUUUUUUUUUGUAUAGCCACCCAAUUUCUCGGUGUUUUACGUUUGAUCAUAAUUAUUUUGUUGAUUAAAAAAAAACUAAGGUGAUAGAAUAGUCGAUUAUACAGAUUUUCAAGAUAAACAGUCAUAUUCGACUAUACUAUCACCUUGUCAUUAUUAUUAUUAUAAACGUAGUGUUGCCAUAUCUUGAUUUAAGUGAUAUUAUCAUAGACUGCUUAUUUCCUAGAUUAAAUUUUAUCGAAAAGACAUUUUUUCAUAUAUCACCGAUUGGUUUUAAAAUAAGUUAUUUAAUAUCGAUUUUUUAUUUUAAACGAAUGACUGAAUUUUCUUUUUUUUUUUUGUCGUUAUGGUAGAAUUUGUAAAAUGUAAAUUGGCAAUAGUAAGUGUUUCGGGAGAUUUCUUGUCGUUGGUAGAUUUAUGGAAAUUUAAAAUGUAUGUUGUGAAAUUAAAGAUAAAAUUUACAUUGUAAGAACGGAGUUGGAAAGGUAAGAUAGAUUGAAAUUGCCUGAAAUAAUUGUAACCCUUUUUUGUACCGACAUAGAACCAUUCUUACAUAUGUUUCACGCCAAGUAACUUUGCAUGUCCUAAGAUUAUUGUGAAGUCAAUAAUAGCUAACUUCGGUCAAGCCGAGUCAAUUGGCUUACUUCAGAUAUGCACAGAUAUUUAGCGUGAACUUUCUUUACAAGUAGCUUUUAAUUAAUAUUAUUGAAUUUAUCAGGUCACUUGCCCAAAUGAGCUUUUAGUAGCAACUUCAUAUUUCUACAAAUCACUACUUUAUCACAGAAAAGGCUGGUGCACAUCAAAUGCUUAUUAACAACGAACAGAAUAAACUAUUAUUACCACGCUAUUUAUUUUUCUAACAUUACAGAAAAUAUUUCCUAAAAUAAAACAAACUAAAAUAUAUAAAUAUUAUAAUGUUCGAGAAAUCUUCAAAUUACUUUUAGUAGAGGGAAAAAAACUGAUUUGAAUUAUAAAACACCAUCCUUCUGGUUAUCGGUAAAUGGUACUUUCCAAUAUUCUUGGGAAAACGCUAGGCAAAUGGUAAUUUCAUGUGACAUGACAUGCCAUAGGUGUGCACUGGCCUUUAAUACAAUUAUUUAGCAUUCCUUUAGAUAGCGACUGAUCACCUUAAUUAAGCCAUUUAUCCCUAGUCAAUAAUUUCCUUUUUUUAACAAAUAUAUUUGCCUAUAAAUUGUACUUUAUUUUUCCUCAGAAAUAAAUCGGCUUAGUACCAUCUCAUACGCAGUUUUAUCUCCCCCGAUUUUUGUGUACCCCGAGUAUCUAAAAGCGGGUAAGAUAAAACUUGGCCUGAAAUGGCACCUAACAGCCAGUUUCUUCAUCAAAAGUAAAAGCCAAAGUAAUGUGUAAAAGUAACGGUCAAAUACGUUGUAGGAAGGCUAAAGUAACAGCAAAACUAAUAGAUAAAACGAAUUUGACAGUUACUUUUACUUUAUGACAUUACUUUGGCUUUUACUUUUGAUGAAGAAAUUGGCUGUAAGUCAAUAAAUAUAACAACUAUUGUAAGCACCUUAUUUACAAACGUAUUUUUACAGUUCUCAACAAAUAAGUGAAUUAGCUUUGUUAAUAUUUUUUUCUAUUGUUUACAAUUUUUCUAUUGUUGACUUUAGUCAAUAGUAGCCAACUUCGGACAAGCAAAGCUUUUUGAUAAUAUCUAUACGAAACAAAUAGCUAACAGAUAUGCAAAGUUAUUUGCACGAACUUAAUGAUGUACAUUUUGAGUAUUGUGUAGUUACUAGUAGCUAAUUUCAGACCGGCAGACUUAUUUGAUGAGAACUGUUAAAUUAUGUUUUGUUCUAAUUGAUUUCUUAAUUCUGUCUUACUAUCUGAUUUUGUCUGUAGGUAUAUUAUUUUGAUGCUAAAAAUAUGAAUAUAUAUCAAUAUUGAAUUAUUUUGUUUAUCACACAUGCCAAUUUUUGUAAUAAUUUUAGAGAUAAUUUUAAUUAAAACACGCAAUAUUUAGUUCGCAAUUAACUAUUUUAGUUAAAAUUUUUUGUAAGAUAGCGUUUAUCUUGUAUUGUGAAAGAUUUAAAUCUAUGUAAAAGGCGAUAUUCCGUGUUCUAAGAAUUCUUGCAUAUUACCAUUGAGUCUUGCAUUUAUUUGUUUAUUUUUUCUUCCAUUUGUGAUUAUCCGAAAUAUUCUAAUUUUGUUCUGCAAUUAUUAUUUUUUUUAUCUCGGGAUAUCGUUUUUAUUUAAAAGUAAUUUUGAAUAAUACACUAUGGGCCACAGUGAGGCUAAACUUUGUGAGAAAAUGCAAGAAUUUACUAUCAAUACAUCAAAAUCACACGCAUUCUUGCAUAUCUUAGUUAGGUUUAAUAAAACGCCAUCUAUUGGCGGUAUUUGACAAGUAUUGUUAAUGGUGUUUUACACAAUGGCUCAUGUUUUGUUAAAAUAGAAAGUCAAGUUAUAGUGAACGCACAUUUAUCACUGAAGUGGCGAAGGAAUCUAAUUUCUGUGAUCUGUUUCGGAGGGCACGUUAAACUGUAGGUCCCGGCUGUCAUUGAACAUCUUUGGCAGUCGUUACGGAUAGUCAGAAGCCAGUGGGUUUUGGGUUGCCCGGGUAACUGGGUUGAGGAGGUCAGAUAGGCAGUCUCUCCUUCUAAAAUACUGGUACUCAGCUACAGCCGCUUAGACUGGAAGCCAACCCAACAUAGUUGGGAAAAGGCUCGGGAGACGACGUCUUAUCUAUAAUUCUUCCAGAUUCGAAUGAUUUUGGAAUUCUAAAAUUGGAUUAUUUCGCCGCGGUCAAUUCGACAAGUGUGUUUUCACCGUUAGUAAGGUUUAAGAACUUUUUUAGUGUUAAAGUGACGACGCUAGGCCAAUAUGGGCCAUUGUGUAAAAACCUUAUGUUACGUGUGGCUAGUAGACGAUAUAGACUGAAAAUUGUAUUUGUCAUCCGAUGUGUGUAAAUAAAGAUCAAAUAUGUUCAUAUUUA